UUUCACGACUCACACCACACGCUGGAGAGAUGAAGAGGGAAAUUGGAGCAGCGCUGUUCUACCUGAAAAGGAACGUUAAAGCAAAGGGGAAGGUGGAAGCAGACAAGCUGGAGCUGUUUGUGGAGAGGCUGGCUGUGGCACUUAAGAAAAAGUUCCAAGGGCACUGGUACCCUGAGAAUCCCAGCAGAGGAAGUGCAUAUAGGUGCACCAGAAUCAACGAGUUUUACAAAGAGGAUCCAGAGCUGGUUCGUGCCUGUCAGGAGAGUGGAGUCAAGUACAGUGACCUGGGGCUUCCUCGAGAAGUGACAUUGUGGGUGGAUCCUGGAGAGGUUUGCUGCAGAUAUGGAGAGGGAAAUCUGGUCUUCUCUGUGGCAACUUUCUCUGUCAAUGGGAGCACAGAUGAGCAGAAUGUUAAGAUCAAGACCAGGGCUUUAAAGAGAGUUUCAUCUGACAGCCUUGCCAAUGAGAAAAAUGAUAAUAUAGGGCGUUGUUGCAUUUCUAAAUGCCAGGCAUUAAAUCUAGAUUGUGCUGAGUGGUACCCAAAACCACUGGUCAAAGCUCCAGUCAAAGGUUUUCAUCGACCUUCUCGUGGUUUCAGGACUCGCAGCAGAGUUACGUUCGCUUUAAAGCGGACAGGGUGGUUCCAUACUCGCAACAGAGUACGACCUGUACACCGUGGUGUGAAUUGUCAGGGUUAAGAGUUCUUGUGCUCAACGUGUACAGCGGACAUAAAAGCCAAUGAUGCAGUAAAUGUCAAACAUCAGGGUUUUUUUUGUUUCUUCCAAAAAAAAAUCAUUUGUAUAUUUUAAAAAUGAAAAAAAAAAGAUAUGUUGUUUUUUUAAAUACAGUUAUUGCAUAUAUUACAUUAUUAUCCUUGGAAUAGUAUGUGUAAAUAUUUUUACCAAGAGGAUAUUUUAAAAUUUUACUUAUUUUCAUCUAAUAUUGGACUUACAAUAAUAUUGUGGAAAAAGCACUCAACUUGUUAAUUAGUACUAACCACUUUAAACAGUAUGUUCUACUUUGUUAGUAAUGAUGUUUAUUUAACUUGUAAGGAUUUGAUUAUUUUUGACAUUUUUAUUAUUAGACAUAUUAUUUUUAUUAUUUUAAUUUUUUGAAUUCUAUAUGUUAUUGUUAUUAGUACAUUAUUUUUUGUCACACAGCAUUUUUUUGUUAAGUUAAACUAAUCUGAAUUGUCUAGUGUUGUCGAUUCUACUAAUUGGCUUGUCUAAUAAAUAUUCUGUGUUCAUUUUGAUGAGUAAUGUUCUGGUUAAUGUUUUUUUUCAGUAAAAUUCUUUCAUUGAGCAGCAGCUUCAGUCUAUCCUUCUGUGCUGUUUAUCCCAGUAUAUCAUUGUAGAACGAACAAUAGUAGAUCCUUGAGUACCAGAAACACCUCUUUAUUAUCACCUAAUAUCACUGCUAGAUGAAUCACAGGUAAAUAUCUAGGAUGCCCACUUGUGACCAACAAUAAGGGUUAUAAACAUCAAAACUUACUGAAGCAUAUAAUUAACCAUUUUUGCAUACCUUUCUUAUAAAUAAAUCCGGUAUUAUCAUCAUGACAUGAAUUUGUGAUUAAUUGUAAUUAUUAUAUUUAAGUCUUACCUAUGUUUAUAUAUAUGAUUAAAAAAUAACUCACACUGUAAGAUACUUUUGGUGGUAACUCAUUUAUUUUUUAGGCAGUACCAACAGCUAAAGUGAAAACGUGUUAAUCUAGUAAGUGGUGUACACUAUUACUUCGAUCAUGACUGUUUACUCAGUCUGAAUCUUGGUUUGUUAUUUAUACAAUCAUCUAACUUGCAUCAUAUUUUGCAGACAUCACUUUUUUUUCGUGACAUGUUUUUUUUCACUUUAUGUGCUUAUUCUUCGUACUAGUAGUAUCUUGUAUGACAAGUUGAACUAAAAGACAAACCACGCUUAUACCUUGAAGGUAAUGAGCACCUUCUGUAUGUGGCCCAACAAAUAUUUUUAAAGGCGGUUAAUAUUACAUUGCCCCUUUAAAGGUCAGGUAAACUGUUUUUUAUUGAAUGCAAACUAAAAUUCAUAUUUAAAGAAAAGAAUAUCGAAAAGUUGCCUGAUGAGACUUACUUUUUUCAAAACCACACACACACACACACACCCACAAGGGGCGAGCAUAGGUUCCACAAAUCACUAUCAGUUCUGCCUUUGGCAACCAAUAAUGACACACAAAGGGCGGGCUUAUGUGGUAGAGGCGGGGCUUACAACGGAAACUGAAUUCUUUUGGCGUUCGUCAUCAUCCCUAUGCCAUUCAUUCCCUGACACGCUGGAUUUGCGCCUUGUAAAAGGACUGUUCACACGCAAUGAUACAUACUGGAAAUAUGAGAAGAGAAAUUGCAGCAGUGGUGUUCUACCUGAAGAGGCUCGUGAAAAAGGCAGGGAAGCUGGAACCGGACAAAGUUGAGCUGUUUGUUGAACGACUGGCUGUUGCA